GAAACAAAUAUGGAUCCCACUGUGAAGAAUGGACAAGGCUGCUCAAAUGUCUCGAAUAACAGGUAGGGUGAAGGAAGGCCGAAGUCAUGAGAGAGCUCUCGUGUUUUAUAAACGUUUUAUGAAGACUGAGUCUUAAUUUUCAAGGUCAAUUGAUACAGAAAUUCAAUGAAUUCAACAUGUCACUGGUGAUAAGUUACCAAAAGUACGAGAUGUUUAAUGACGAGGAGCAGUUGAUCUAUGAAGAUGAUGAUGAUAUUGAAGGAUGGGAGGAUGAUAAUGAAGCAGGUCCUGAGAGCAAGAAUGAUGCUGCUCCAUCUAGCACAGUAGCUGAGAGAGUAGCAGUUAAAGAUGCUCUUGAUAAUGAUUAUUUCUUGGAUAGAACCCUGACCUCUCUAAGCACACCAGAUAACAGAAUAUGGGACCUGGGAACACCUUUAGGGAAAGCAAGGUUUAAGUUGCAUUUAGUCAUGGAUCACAUUGCCACUAGGUUAUUCAGUGUCUUAUUAGUACUUAUUGAUGUAGUGUGUGUGUUGGUCGUCUUAGCAACAAACAAUGAAUCAUUGGGCCUGCAAAUUGUAUCUUUGGUGAUCGUGUCAUACUUUGUGGUAGAGCUGCUUUUGCGCUUCUUUUCUUGGGGUUUUGAGCUAUUCAAGCUUUGGGUGGAAAUAGCUGACAUGAUUAUUAUUGUUAUUGCACUAAUCGCCACUAUUGUGAAUGAAGUUAUAUUAACAGAUGAAAAGAAUCAACCUCAUGCACGAUAUGCAAGCCUUAUCGUGAUUUUACGACUUCUUCGAAUAUUCCUCCUCGCUCGACUAUUCACUGGAAGAAAGCAUUUAGAGAAGUCUUCAAAAUACCUCGUUUCCCAGAACAAAAGAAGAUACCAGAAAGAUGGUUAUGAUCUAGACUUAACAUACAUUACAGAGCGUGUGAUUGCUAUGUCAUUUCCUUCAUCGGGUAAAACAUCAGUUUACAGAAAUCCAAUAUCGGAAGUUUCGAGAUUCUUUAACGAAAAGCAUCCUGGACAAUAUAAAGUUUAUAAUUUGUGUAGUGAGAGGAGUUAUGAAACCCAUUAUUUCAACGACAAUGUGGAACGAAUCCUUGUAGAUGACCACAAUGUUCCUAAGCUAAGCAAACUGCUUGAGUUUUGUCAUAAUGCCAAAAAUUGGAUGUCUGCAGAUAAAGACCAUGUAAUUGCAGUGCAUUGUAAGGGAGGAAAAGGUAGAACUGGCACUUGCAUUUCCUCGUGGCUUCUUUAUUCUGACCAGUUCUCAACAGCAGAGAAAAGUCUACAUUACUUCGGCUACCGCAGAACAGACAGAGCAAAGGGCAGCAGGUUUCAAGGUGUAGAAACGCCAAGCCAGAGUCGUUACGUUGGUUAUAUUGAAAGAGUGUUGAAAGACCACAACGGGAUUGUUCCAGCUGCAAGGCCAUUGGCGUUUGUCAGCAUUAAAGUAAAGGGGAUUAAAGGCUUUGGAAAUGGAGAUGGAAGCGACUUGAAGAUGGAAAUCAUCAUUGACGGAAAUGUGGUUUUUACGUUUGUUUUUAAUGCUCCAAUGGAUGCAAAGAUAACCCACAAGCACGACAAAGGGAGCAGCGUGAAAGCUACUUUUAAUGAACACGCUUGUCCUGUCUUGUCUGGUGAUGUAAAAGUAGCGUUUCACUCAUCUUCUCCGAAUGUUCCAAAAGGCUACGACAAUUGUGCUUUCUUCUUCUGGUUUCAUACGAGCUUUAUCAAAAACCACAAGCUCCACUUGACUCGCAACUAUUUGGACAAUCCCCAUAAAAGCAAAGUAUGGAAGAUUUACCGAGAUAACUUCGCAGUAACUUUGAAGUUUGCUGAUCCACCCUCUCACUGAUAAAUAGCUGGUAUGAAGAUUAUAUUACGGGACAGAACUGUUUAUAGUGCAUUUUGAUGGGAAAAUCUUUAUUUUAGUUAACGUUUGACUGUCAGCCAAUAUUGUGUUACAGAUAGAGUGAUUUAUUUGGAGCGAAAUUUUUCCAACAGUAGAUAAAUUCUUUAGAAAUCACAUAAUUUAUAUCACUAGUUAUCACUUGUAGUUAUCUCUGGCAAAGUGCAAUCUUUAGUUAGGAAACUAUUGUAAUAAUCUAGUUCUUGAUUCCUUCAUUAAUGACACCUCCACAUUUAGGGCCGUCUCUAAGCAACUUGCUUUCACAAAGCUCCACAUCAGCCCCAUAUCAACCAUUCAUUGAAAAUACGCUCAUUAGUCCUCCUCUUGAAUUAGCUCUCUAUCAAUUAUGAUAUCAUAGUAAAAUAAGCGACCAGUCUUAAAUUGGCCCCUAUACGGAGGUAUAUUGUGAUAUAGUUUGCAAAAUGUGACACAUCAAAGAUGAAGUUUUUAACAACCGAGAACAUCGGUCUAGAAAUAUGAUUUCAGUUUUCCAAUGUAUCAAGCAUCUUGCACUCUAUGUUGAUUUUAGCAAUGACACUUAAAAUUAGGUACUAGCUUUUAAGUACCUAGGACAUGGUUGUUUAUUAUUUGAAUUUCUAGAUCCUUUAUUAAUUUUGAAAAAAAUAGAACAUUAGUUGUACAAUUACUCAAUCCUACCUUAAGGAGAAACAGUCGAAUUGAAAUUGUUAAAAGCACCGAGUGCUGAUUUUGAAUUAUGUUUAAAUUCCAUCAUGUUUAUCUAAAUUCUAAGACAAUCAAAGUAUAUAAUUUGUAUAUUUCUACAUUUAAGUGAUUGUCAAUUAUUGUUGAAAAGAUCAGUGUAUUUUUCACUCCCAACUGUAUCAGUUUAGCAAUUUAUAUUACUUACAGUUUAGCAUAUAAUAUAAUAUUGAUAUUACUAUUAAGUUUUUUAUAGACUUUAAAAAAUUUUGUUCCAGCA